GGGGGCGGGGGCGGGGAGCUAGCGGCGCGACCCGAAGAUGAACCGAGCAGACUCACCCAAACCACCCGUUGCUCCCAAGCCAAAGACCACCAGUCCUUUUACACCAGGGACCACCACAGCCAAGUUCCCACCCUCUCCCAAGCCAGACGGACUCCCCAGUCCCAACUCCAUGUCCAGGGGGCCAAAACCUCCUAUCGCCCCUAAGCCCAGGCUGGCCAUCCCCAGUGAGUGUGGCCAUGGCGUGUGCGUGAUCAAUAGCCUUCACAAAUGCAGCAAUGGGAGGCUGCUUUGUGUGGACAGGGGGCUGCAUGAAGGGCACCGUCCCAGCCUAGAGUGCUUCGAGUCCAAGACAGAUGAGUACAUCAUGGUCCCUAGGGCUCUGCAGACAGAGGAUGCACCCAUGGAUGGGGCUACACAGAAGGAGGCCACUGAAGAGGAGGAACUUGAAGAGGGAGACCAGGAGCCCGAGCAUGGCACAGAGCACAUGGAAGCCGAUGUGGAGCCGAUGGUCCCGGCUGAAGAGACACUGAGCACAGAGGGUGAAGAGGACCCAGACCACCCUCUGGAAGGUGAGGAGGUCUGCAUCCAGGACCCAGGAACAGAUGGGUCCCUGGUGGUCCCAGCUGAAGACACAGACCAAACUCUGGAAGAUGAGGAAGACUGCAGCCAGGACCCAGGGACAGAUGGGUCCCUGAUGUUCCCAGCUGAAGACACAGACCAAACUCUGGAAGAUGAGAAACUCUGUAACCCAGACCCAGGGACGGAGGAGCAGAUGGCCAAAAGCGAGGAGGAAGAGGAGAAGCUGGUGAAAGAGCACAAUAUGUACAACCUGGAGGACAGGAGUCUGUGGGAUGGAGAGGAGGUCUUCCAGAGUGAGAUCAUUCUCACCCAGGUCCACUCUGAGCCCCCCGAAGCUCCACAUGAGGAGCCAGAGCGUCCCGAGGCCCCCAUGGAGGCAGAGGAGGAGGAGGAUGAGCACAGCUGUGUCAACCCAGAACCCGGGGUGUCUGAUGGCGAUGUAGCGUCGGCCAGGUCUACCCAGGACACAGAAGACGUCAGUACAGAGGUGGCCUCUGACAGCCAAGAGCCAGAAGCAACCAACAUCAGCCCCGGGGACACUGAGGAGGACCAGGAAGAUGCCACAGACAGCAAGGACCUGCUGGAGCAGGAGGAGCCACCUGAUGGCAGUGAAAAAGGCCACCUUGAAGGAGCUACUGUGGCUACCAAAGGGGCAGGAGAGGACCUGGAAGAGGGUGAGAGCCCCAUGCAGGAAGACCCCGUUGAGGAGAGCUGUCAUAUCAUUCCUUUCGAGAGUGACAGCAUGGAGGACUUUGUGGCUGCGCUCACAGGAAGUCCCUAUGAGCUCUUUCCUAGUGAGAGCACAUCCUUCUGCAGCGAGAGCUGUGCCCUCCCCAGGUCAGCCAAGGAUGCAGUGUCUGGCGUCUGUGCAGACGAGGAGGUCCCCAGUGCUGGCUCUCUGUGUGACUCCCCGCCAAGCAGAGCUGGGGAGGGCCCCUCUGUUCCUGAUGUGGUCAUCAUGCCGGAGGACGAGGACACCAUAGACUGCUCACUCAGCAACCCCUAUGCAAUGGGGGUCAGCUUGAGGAGUCCAGCCGACCCUGGAGACAAGGCGCUGUGUGACGCACAGGCAGCGCCAGGGGCUCUCGGUGGUGGGUACAGCAUGAUGGAUGAAGGGGACUCUGAGACUGAGGGUGGCCUGGUCCCUGUGGACAGGAAGAACAUGGUAACGAGGGCCCGGCCUCACUCCGGGAAGGUGGCUGGCUAUGUCCCUGAGACUGUCCCAGAGGAAACGGGACCGGAAGCUGGCUCAUCAGCUGUGGACGUCGAAGGUGCCACCGAGACGAGAAAGACAGUUGCGUCGGUGGAGGGGAAGGCCUCGGAGGCCAGCCGGGCCUUGCCGGCAAAGCCCCGAGCCUUCACUCUGUACCCGCGGUCCUUCUCUGUGGAAGGCCGGGAGAGUCCCUUGUCACUGUUUCGGGAGCCAGAGGGAACUGGGUUGGAUGGGCUUCGCCUGAGGAGGAAAGAGGACAACCUCUCCUUGCCGGGCGCCAUCGGCUCCUCAGGCAGCUUCUCACAACGCAGCCACCUGCCCUCCAGUGGCACCUCCACACCAUCCUCUGUGGUUGACAUCCCGCCGCCUUUUGACUUGGCCUGUAUUACCAAGAAGCCCAUCACCAAGAGCUCGCCCUCGCUCCUGACCGACAGCGACCCGGAGCGGACGGCCAAGAAGAAGAAGUCUUCCUUCAAGCGCUUCCUGGAGCUGACGUUCCGGAAGAAGACAGAGAGUAAGGCCCACGUGGUGGACGUGAGCCUGUGUUCCUCCAGGUCCUCCUCCGAGUCCAGCUACCACGGGCCCGCCAGGGUCCUGGAACUUGACCGGAGGAGUCUCAGCAACUCCCCCCAGCUCCGGUGCCGCGCCGGGAAGCCUCGGGCCUCCGACUCCCCGGCCUCCCUCAUCUUCUACAGGGAUGGCAAGAGGAAAGGGGUCCCCUUCAGCAGGACAGUGUCCAGGGUCGAGUCCUUCGAAGACCGCUCCCGGCCACCCUUUCUCCCCUUGCCACUCACCAAGCCGCGGUCCAUCUCAUUCCCCAAUGCUGACACUUCAGACUACGAGAACAUUCCAGCCAUGAACUCAGACUAUGAGAACAUCCAGAUUCCACCGCGAAGGCCUGCCCGGCCCGGCACGUUCACCAAGCUGUUUGAAGAGCAGAGCAGAGCCCUGUCCACAGCAAACGAAAACGACGGCUACGUAGACAUGAGCAGUUUCAAUGCCUUCGAGAGCAAGCAGCAGAACGCGGAGCAGGAGGCCGAGAGCGCCUAUACAGAGCCCUACAAGGUCUGUCCCAUCUCAGCAGUCCCCAAAGAAGACCUCACAUCCGACGAGGAGCUGGGAAGCUCGGAAGAGGAGGACAGUGCUCCAAGAGACUCCAGCCUCACCCACAAGGUGGAGGGACAGUCCAGGGCCCUCAUCAUCGCACAGGAGCUGCUGUCUUCCGAGAAAGCGUACGUGCAGAUGCUCCAGCACUUAAGCCUGGAGUUCCAUGGAGCCAUCAUGAGGGCCUUGGAGGACAUGGACCAAGAAGGCAGAGACCUGCUGGCACAGGAGGAGCUUCAGCAGGGUCUGAGUGAGCUCCCAGCCAUCCUCGUCCUUCACCAGGGCAUCCUAGAGGAAUUGGAACAGAGACUGGGGGACUGCAGGGAGGGCCAACAGCAGGUGGCCGACAUCUUCCUGGCCCGUGAGCAGGAGUUCAAGCACCAUACCACGCACAUCCUGCAGUUUGACAAGUACCUGGGGCUGCUCGCUGAGAGCUGCCUGCUCUCGCCCCAGCUGGCCACCGUGGUACGGGAAUUUGAGCAGCAGAGUCCGCAAGGGGGCAGCGGCCAGAGCGUGAAGCAUCGGCUGCUGCGAGUGGUUCAGCGCCUCUUCCAGUACCAGGUUCUGCUCACAGACUAUUUAAACAACCUGUGCCCUGACUCAGCCGAGUACGAUAACACACAGGGUGCGCUGACCCUCAUCUCCAAAGUCACAGACUGUGCGAACGACAGCAUGGAGCAAGGAGAAAACCUGCAGAAGCUGGUCCACAUUGAGCACAGCGUGCGCGGCCAAGGGGAUCUCCUCCAGCCAGGAAGGGAAUUCCUGAAGGAAGGGACGCUGAUGAAAGUGAGGGGGAAGAGCCGGCACCCCCGGCACCUGUUUCUGAUGAGCGACGUGCUUCUCUACACGUACCCCCAGAAGGAUGGGAAGUACCGGCUGAAGAGCUCAUUACCGGUGGCCAGCAUGACGGUCAGUCGCCCUGUAAUGGACAAAGUGCCCUAUGCUCUGAAGAUUGAGACUCCGGAGUCCUGCCUGAUGCUGUCUGCCAGCUCCUGCGCAGAAAGAGAUGAGUGGCAUGGCUGUCUAAGCAGAGCUCUCCCUGAGGACUUCAAGGCCCAAGCUCUGGCUGCCUUCCACCACAGCGUGGAGCUUCGGGAGAGGCUGGGAGUCAGCCUGGGAGAGCGGCUCCCUGCACUGGUACCUGUCACACACGUCAUGAUGUGCAUGAACUGUGGCUGCGACUUCUCGCUCACUGUGAGGCGCCAUCACUGCCAUGCCUGUGGCAAGAUCGUGUGCCGGAACUGUUCCCGGAACAAGUACCCACUGAAGUGCCUCAAGAACCGCAUGGCCAAGGUCUGCGAUGGCUGUUUCCGAGAGCUGCAGGCGAGGAGCGGGCCUGUCCCAGGCCCCACGAGAGAGAGGCCUGUCAGCAUGAGCUUUCCGCUGUCCUCGCACCGCUUCUCCUCGGGCAACGCCCUCUCCUCCGUCUUCCACAGCAUCAGCCCCUCCACCUUCAAGAAACAGAAGAAAGUUCCUUCGGCCCUGACGGAGGUGGCUGCCUCCGGAGAGGGCUGUGCCAUCAGCGGCUACCUGAGCCGCCGAAAGAAGGGCAAGCGGCAAUGGAAGAAGCUCUGGUUCGUCAUCAGAGGCAAAGUGCUCUACACCUACAUGGCCAGCGAGGAUAAAGUAGCCAUGGAGAGUAUUCCUCUGCUGGGCUUCACGAUUGCCCCAGAAAAGGAGGAGGGCAGCAGCGAAGUAGGACCCGUUUUUCACCUUUACCACAAGAGAACCCUGUUUUAUAGCUUCAAAGCAGAGGACAGCAAUUCAGCUCAGAGGUGGAUGGAGGCCAUGGAAGAUGCAAGCGUGUUAUAGCAGUCACCAAGUUCAAGGACUCAAAAACUCCUAGCUUAACAUGUGAACCUUUCCAGAAGCCACUCCAUGUGUGUCUCAAUUCACCUGGUCACACAUGUGGCCUCACCAUGGAACGAACCUUUUUCCUGACAGGUGGAACCCUAAGAAAUAUUUAUGGACCUCACAGUUUCCGUCUUCAUGUUUGCCAGCCCCCAUCAUAAACUGUUUCCUUAUCCAGCAGUGAGUUAAAAUUUAGUGACUUGAAGAUAUGGAAGCCGAUUUUCAAAAAGUACAUUUAGGAAUGUGAGAUUUUUAAUAGAAACAAACUUUCCCCAUUUUACUCCUGGCAAGUACUGUCACCUUCCAUGAUGUCCAUUUGGGAACCUCAGGUGACAUGGGGACCAACCAGUAAUAGCUGCUUAUUGGAAGCAUGUUAUCUUCCCACCAAGUUGCAACUUCCAGUUCCAGGUCUUCCAGAUGGCAGAUGGAAGGACUUGCUUGCCACUAGUCCUCAACACUACAGAAAGUUGACUCCUAUGGCCAUGGCUGCGACUUGCCAGGCUCAAGCCUGUGUUCCAUGGGCUAUGAAGGGAGUGACGUGUCUUCCCUGUGGCCUAUACUACCAUAACUUACUAAGAGAGAGGCUCCCUCCCGCCCUCCCAGAGUCCUCAGCACCAAACCAGGGCUGCUGCCCACAUAUCACCUGGCAUCAGCCCUCUGAAGUCUCCAUGUCUCCUUUCAGUUGCUGUGUGCCUUCCUGUGUCCACCCUGUGUGCCCUGAUAAUGGCAUGUGUAAUGAGUCUGUUCUCACUGAAGUCCUUGGUCUGUAAUACCAAAGCCAUGCUACUUUUUGAAGAAGGCAGUCUGGGAAGAUGGCCCUGGUCACAGGUGUUGCUCAUUAUGCCAGAUGGUUUUUGAUGGUUUUGACAAAAAAUGGGGGAGGGAGGGGGAGAUUCCUCCUCACACAUUGCAUUGGAAAAAAUAAUUGUUACUGUUUUCUGAUAUCCUAUCCCCAAAUCUUCUGCUGCCCUGCUCCCUACAAAAAAGGCAUUUAGCUGACAAAUCUUUUGUAAAAAGCACCAUCUCAAGGACUUCUUUACAUUAAAUAUUUUCAGGGAA